GAGAGAGAGGAGAGAGGGAGCGAGAGAGGUGAAGAGAGAGAUCAGGAGAAAUUGAAUACAUGUAGAACACAUAUAUUUAUACAGAUUUAUAUUUUCACAGCGUGCGUGUCUGUGUGCGUGUGUGCGCGUGUGUGGCGACGGCGGUGUUUGUGGCGAGGGACACCCGCAAAACGGAUACCUCAAAAAGCAAGGAUGUGAAAAAGGAUGGAGGGACGCAGGAAGAGAGGGGGGAAAGGCUGGUGAAAUUCAGCACCCUCCCUAAGUGCAGUACAUAUCCGCCUCCCCCCCUCGGCAGGUUGCCAUGGUCGCCAUACCUACUCUCUCUCUCCUAUUGGUCCUGGCAGAGUGGGCAGGUCUGGUGGACGCAUCCCCCCACCUCCUGCUCCGGCCAAGCCCACGGGAACGUGAUGCAGGGGCCAUGAUGAACUUCAACAUUGCCGUGAUCCACGCCGGUGCCACAGUGCAGGCGGAAGCGGCGGUUGCAGGGCCUGGGGGAAGGGUGCUCUACCCUGGCUUCGGACGGGUCUACGGCUCCCUCGGGGAGAGCGUGGUCACCCAGUGGGGCUCUGCCAACGUCAUCUGGCUUCAGGUGAAUGACAGCAGCCCUAAAACGGUGCUGUCCCAGCUGUGUGAUCUGUUAGCGGCGAGGCCCCUGCAGGGUCUGGUCUAUGAAGAGGAGAGGCCCCCUCCUACAGCUUGGGGUCCCUUGGCCCCUAUGCUGGAGUUUGUGUCUGCACAAACAGGACUGCCUAUAGUGGCUGUAGGCGGGGGAGCAGGACUGGGGAGGAUGCCACAGGAAUCAGGUUCCAUCUUUCUCCAGUUCAGUUCCUCCACUGCGCUACAGUUAGAGGUCAUCUUCGAGGUACUGGAGGAGUACGACUGGACCGCCUUUUCUGUGGUGUCCACUCGCCACCAUGGUUACCAGGACUUCUUGUCCGUGGUGGAGGGCCUUACGGAUGGCUCGUUCAUCGGCUGGGAGAAGAAGAGUGUUGUGAUCCUGAACGUGACCGAUGACCCAGGGGGGGCACGCACUCGCAGGCUGCUGAAGGAGAACGAGGCGCAGGUGCGUCUACUGUACUGCUCUCAGGAGGAGGCCGAGCUGGUCUUCCGUGCUGCCUGGGCCGCUGGUCAGGCUGGGGCCUCUCAUAUGUGGUUCGCAGUAGGCUCUGCACUCUCAGGUUUGGGCAUGGAGAGCCUGCCUCGGGCAUUAUUCGCAGUACGGCCCCAGGGCUGGAGGGACGAGCCUCGCCGAAGGAUCGCUCGGGGUGUGUCUGUGCUCACUCAUGGGGCAGUGGCAAUGCGGAAGGAAUAUGGAAGCACCGGCGGGCCAAACUUUGUCACUACUUGCAUGACAGAUGCAAAUCAGACACAGAGACUGCGAAGCAGGAUGAGGUAUUUCAGCAACAUAACACUGGGUGGUCGAGACUAUUCCUUCAAUAGUGACGGUUACCUGGCCAACCCAUUCCUGGACGUCAUCUCGUGGACACCUGGCAGAGGAUGGGAAGAUGUAGGCUGGUGGGAGAAUGGUGUGCUGAGGCUUCGUUACCCAGCAUGGUCCCGCUAUGGGCCCUUCCUGAAGCCACCUGACGAUGCCCAGCACCUACGCGUCGUAACACUGGAGGAAAGGCCAUUUGUCAUUGUGGAGCUUGCAGAUGCUGCUUCAGGAACUUGCAUCCGAGACUCUGUUCCCUGCAGACGACCCCUCAAUGCCAGUGCUAUUCAUGAGGGUUUGGCUCCUCUAAAGCAGUGCUGCAAAGGUUUCUGCAUUGACAUCCUAAAGCGCCUAGCUAAGAUUGUUGGUUUUACCUAUGACCUCUACUUGGUGACCAAUGGGAAGCAUGGGAAGAAAAUCGAUGGCGUUUGGAAUGGCAUGAUUGGAGAGGUGGUGUACAAGCGGGCGGACAUGGCCAUCGGCUCACUGACUAUCAAUGAAGAGAGGUCCGAGGUUGUGGAUUUCUCUGUUCCCUUUGUGGAAACAGGGAUCAGUGUCAUGGUCUCCCGUAGCAAUGGAACUGUUUCACCAUCAGCUUUCUUAGAGCCUUACAGUCCAGCAGUGUGGGUGAUGAUGUUCGUCAUGUGCCUCACUGUCGUGGCAGUGACUGUCUUUAUUUUUGAAUUUUUCAGCCCUGUGGGCUAUAAUCGCAGUCUGCAGACAGGAAAAAAGGCUGGAGGGUCCACUUUCACCAUUGGAAAAUCUGUAUGGCUUUUAUGGGCCAUUGUUUUUAACAACUCUGUACCAGUGGAAAACCCAAGAGGAACCACAAGCAAGAUCAUGGUGCUGAUUUGGGCCUUCUUUGCGGUCAUUUUUCUGGCCUCCUACACUGCUAACCUGGCUGCCUUCAUGAUCCAGGAGGAGUACAUCGACACAGUUUCAGGUCUCUCGGACAAGAAGUUUCAGCAUCCAGAGGAGCAGUACCCACCUCUGAAGUUUGGCACAGUGCCCAACGGGAGCACAGAGAAAAACAUUCGCUCAAACUAUCCAGACAUGCACCAGUACAUGGGAAAAUACAACCAGAGGGGGGUGGAGGACGCCAUCCUGAACCUAAAGACAGGGAAGCUGGAUGCUUUUAUUUAUGAUGCUGCAGUGUUAAAUUAUAUGGCCAGGAAGGACGAAGGAUGUAAGGUGAUGACCAUAGGCUCGGGGAAGGUUUUUGCCACCACAGGCUACGGUAUCGCCCUGCACAAAAACUCACGUUGGAAACGUCCUCUUGAUCUGGCCCUGCUGCAGCUAGUUGGAGAUGAUGAGAUUGAAAUGCUGGAGCGCCUCUGGCUAUCAGGUAUCUGCCACAAUGACAAAAUUGAGGUGAUGAGCAGUAAACUGGACAUUGACAACAUGGCUGGGGUCUUCUACAUGUUGCUGGUGGCUAUGGGCCUCAGUUUGCUGGUGUUUGCCUGGGAACAUUUAGUCUAUUGGAAACUCCGCCACUGCAUGGCAACUAGUUCCGGCAAAUUGGACUUUCUCUUAGCAAUAAGCAGGGGCAUGUACAGCUGCUGCAGCUUUGAGGAUGAAACAGCACCAGGUGGCUCUAAAUCUUUGCCUUCACACCACCACACAGCAAUGGUUACUGUUCCAUCACAGCCACAUGUGGUCUCAACUACUGUGACCAACCCAGCAAUUGCAAUGGCGCAACAGCAGCAACAACCACAACAGCAGCAACCACCACCUGUCUUCAAAACACCUCUACCAGGCUCUCCUCCCACUGUGGUGCAUUCUGGGUCAACCCUGGGUUCUUCUAACCCCCCAAUUGCUGGUGCCCCCCUCCCUUGCUCCACUUUCCUGCCCAGGCCAGAUCGCAGGUUAGCAGUAGUGGAUCGGUGGAGGUUGCCUAAAACUGCUACAGCCACCAAUCCGAUGGCUGUAAGAGGGGGCAUCACUGACAUGGGGCCGUUUGCUCAGAAAGUUCCACAAAACUGGACUACAGCUGCUGGAGGGAGUGGGGGACUCGAUGGCUAUAAGAGAUAUUAUGGUCCCAUUGACCCUGAGGGACUGGGGUCCUGUAUUGAUCAGCAAGCAGGGUCCCAGACCCCCAAGACUAUGCCAAGGGGCCACCCCCAACCCCCUCCAGCAAGUGUGGCCUUCUAUUCAGAGAAGAGCAUGGACCACGGGGUGGUGAAGAAGGUGGUGGGAGGUGGCGGUGGAAGUCAGGGGAAAGGGCCUGUUAAACCUGUGGGCACCCCAAGGCUGCCUCCUAAGAGUCAGGCCCCUCUGCCUCCUACACCUCCACUGCCACAUCCCUCGCCCCCUCUUCCUUCAUCCUUUUGGAGAAAGCGGAGGCCUAAGAAGCCUAAAGAGCCUGGAGGACCACUGUAUGAGAACAUUUUGCCUCUGGGGCGAAGGGGAGGAGCAAGAGAUGGAAUGAGGGAAGCAGGAGUGAGAAGGACCCGCCCACUUUCUCCUCCACUCUCACUCCCCAUACCAGUUCCACUCAGCCCCUCCUAUACCCCUCCUUCUCCUUCUGCAUCUUUGCACUAUACGUCCUCGUCCUCUACAUCAACCACCUCAACAACGUCGACGUCUUCAUCUGCCUCAUCGUCUCGCUCCACCUCUCCUACCUACUCUUACAGCUCUUCUAGGAGCACACGAGACAGGACUGGCGGAAUAGAAGGAGAGGACGAUGAUGAUGAUGAAGAUCUGACAGAAGAGUCAAGUCUUCUCCUUGGGAGAGGAAGAGAAAGGGAGCGCUCAAUCAUUCGCCCACGUUCCCUAAGCCAUGGCCGUUUGCCACCACCAAUACCCCCAAGGAAACCACGCACAUCAUGGGGUGACAGAGAAAGAGAACGGGAAAGAGAAAGAGGGGGUAGCCAACUGUCUCAACUCCAAGAGUGGUGGGCAAGCUGGAGUGAAAGGGAGAGAAGUGGAGCAGGUGGGGAAACUGAAAGGCAGAAAAGGGAAAAGAAGAGGAGGAAAGAAAAGGAGAAGGAAAAGAAGAAAAAGAAAAAGAACAAAAAGAGGAAAAAGAGAGAGGAGAGGGAAAGAGAACGGGAGAGAGAGAGGAAGCGAAGGAAGGUAAAAAAGAAGAAGAAAAAGGCAUUAAAAACAAAGAAAAGGAAAAAGUCUAUUGGUGGAAAGCGGUCUGAACCUGAAGAAGGAGAUGUUGAACAAGAGAGGGAGGGAGAAGCUGGGAGAGAAAGAGAUGAAGGAAUACAAGACUAUUCUUCUUUUUCUGCCCAAUAUGGGAGCACGUUUGGAGAAAAAGGAAGAGAUUCAUGGGAAGGUGAGAGAGAAAGAGGCAGAGGGGAAGAUGGCAAUGACAGAGAUGAAGAUGACAGUGGAAGAAGCAGGGAAAGGCAUUCCAAAUCCUCGCAUGCUCAUUCUAGACGGCGAAUUCCUGAUAAACGCUACUCCAACUCAAAUAAGUUCCCUGCCUCUGUUAAAUUUUGGAUGAAUGGAAGAGGAGAUAACAGCGAUGCUACCCCAGUAUCUCUCCACCCACUUCUCCCAUCCUCUAAGAGGCGAAAAAGUGGAGGGAUUGACAGAGAAGAUAACAGCAGAGUUGGGGAGAGGCGUCCCUUGUUGAUGCAUUAUGAAAAAGAAAAAACCCAAACAAGAGAAGGACUGUCUUUCCAUGAAUGGGACUCAGAUGAAGAUGAUGAGGAUGACGAUGAUGAUGAGGAAGAGGAAGACAGGGAAAGAGUGAGGGAACGGGGAGAGGACAGAGGAAGGAGGGUUGGUAGAGGGGCUGUCUCUGAGUCUGAGAGAGACAGGGGAAGGGUGGACAGCUACUCAGAUGAGGGUUCCUCAGGGGAAUUUGGUCGUUUUGAAAGAUAUUGGGAAGAAAGUGCAGGAGGCGCUGGCACUGGAAUCGGAGGCAUAGGCGGAGGAGGCUGGUUUUUUGGCACCUAUCCCUCUAGAGAGAAAGGGGGUAGCAUCAAUAGUAGAGAUGAUUCCUUACUGGGAACUCGGGCAGAGGGUUGGAUUGGUACAGAUUUCUGGGGAUCUGGACCAGGUAUUGGAUGGACAUCUGGUGGAGGAAGUGGAGGGCUGGGCUCACAAUGGCCACCAACCCCAACUGCCUUCCCUCCACCUAGAAGAUAUUGGUCAAUGGACAAAAUUCCUGCAAAGGGAGAAAAAAAGUGGAAGAGUGGAGGUGGAAAGAGAAGAAGACGAAGCAGGGAAAGACUGGAUCAGGCAGGACGGGCAACUCUGUGUUCCUGUAGUCUUUACCCCCAACCGCAUCCUUAUCCACAUCCCCAUGGACGGUCACACACCUCUAACUCCAAGAGAAGACCCUCAACACUUUCCCAUAGCCAAGAAGAGCUUCUUCCCCACUGCCACAGCUUCAGUGGGGGUUCUCGUCCGAAACCUUUGCCUCCCAAGCCAGAUUCCAGUCAAGCCAAAUCAGGCAGCCAGUCUAACCUCAGCCUCAACACACAGCCUACAGACCAUCCGCCACAGCCCUUGCCGUCACCACCACAACAGCCAUCCCUGUCACCCACCUCACUCCCCAUGCCCAUUGCACCUCCACCCUCCUCAGCCUCUGUGUCACCACCAGCAGGGGUAGGGAUGGCAGGUCAGGCUCAGGCAUCAGCCAGUGCCAAACUCCAAUACCAGAGACUGCGCUCUGUGCCUCAGCCACGGAGAUUUUACUCUCCCCAUCUACCACUCAAAGCCAAGAGCCUGUGCUCACGUCGAGGAUCAGCCCACUUUUCUAGUCUGGAGAGCGAGGUAUGACAGGGGGAGACGAGAGAGGGAGACGUGGGAACAAGAACCAGUGCCACUGAAAACCAUGGUGCCAUGGCAGCUAGAACCAGGCACAACACCAGAGAUAUGGCUGCCUUGGUGACCUUAGGUAAUCGGUUAACAAGCAUCACAACAGGAACAAACAUGGACAGAGGCUCUAUUGUUAAUAGUACUCUCGGUGAGAGCAACACUACUGCCACCCGCUCAAUUGUACGCGUUCUUAUGAGGGCGACAGUGAGGUGCCACACCAGGGUGAGCUAUAUCAAUCUGGAUGGUUCCUAUGAUGAAGAGAGUGAAGUUGAGGCUGCAUCACCGGGGACUUCGACCCCAGAACUUUUCUUAUGCUCUGAACUGAGCUUUGUGAUGUCAUCUUCGGUCCUUCUCCCCUCCCCAAAUCAGAACUGUGGAUAACAGUAGUCUUCAACUUGUGAGUAAUGAUGUCAUGUUUGCACACAAACACAAGCAUGCACACACAAAUGCACACAAACACAAAAUUAUCUCACGUCUCCUUCCCUCUGGCUUUGAGUGGGAUGAGGAGAGACCCACUUACUCUCUAAAGAUGCCAGUGUUUGGUCAUCUUCUGGCUUCCUAUCCUCAUUGCCCGAUGGCUUUUGACCUGGACUGGUGGACUGCUUCCCAGUGUCAAAGAGACUAUUCCCUCUUCUUCCCUUUUUUAAGAAAAAGCAAUGCAGUCACCUCUCUCAUUCACCAUCUGCCCGCUCACAUUUCAAUGGACAGUGAGCACAGUGCUACUUAUUUGCCCUUUGGCGUCAUGACUCUAUCAGACCCAUCUAGCUCUACCCCAGGACCAUCUAUAUGAUGUCACUUUUUAUUAGAAUCCCUUUUAAACAGUCAGACUGAGCAGGACCUUGUUUUUCUCCACCUCUUUGGAGCUUGUUAUGACACAUCUGGGCCAAGUGGAAAAUAUUAUCAAGUAACAAAGAAUUUGAACAAAACACUUCUUAACAAAAGAAGAAUAACAAAAUGAAGAAAAAAGACAUGUAGCAGAAAUUCUUUUAAUGUCUGUCUUUUGCUUUUUCUUUAGACCUUUUUCCCCAUCCCUUUGUUUUCUUUUGUCGAUAUAUAUUUAUCAGACUGUGUUAGUGUCUUAUUAAGUAGGAGGCUGGAUGUGGCUAGUGUUGGGAGUGGGAAUGAUUCCAAAGAAGGGCCAAAAUUUCACGCAAGUAAUUGAACUUAAAUUCCCAUUUCUUUCUCCUCACAUGUAAAUAACUUAUAAUUCAGCCCAGACUGAAUUAUGAGUCUUAGAAGUGAAUUUAGGAUAUGAUUAGUGUAAUAUCUAUAAUUGGCACUAGAUGGCUGCAUAAUAUUUGAAUACAUUGGUGCAGGAAACUUAAGAUCAGUCUCAUAAGUCUUUAAUGCAUAUAAAUGAACAAAGACGCUGUAGCUUUGAACAUAAUUGUUUCUAUGAAAGUUUCAAGCAAGGGUUUAUUCACAGUUCAGCAUAUUUUAAAGCCCCCUUUAGAUUUAAUUAUAUGUUGACACCUUAUUGUGCACUGACUGAGCUGGUAUAUCAUGGAUUUUUCAAAAGCACAAUUUGUCAUUGUAUUUUUUCAAGAUGUGUUGCCGCAGUUGUAAUUGUACAAUCUCAAGGUAACACACUUUUCCAAUACAGCUUUUCACAUAAAGAUAAUAAAUGUAAAUUAUAUGAACAAUAAAUUUCAGUGUAACCAACACUGAAGGGGUGAAACAUGAAGAUUCAUAAUACUAUAUAAUUAUUUGCUUUGUCUUAUUCCUUUUUACCAAAUAAGACAGAAUGACUUACUGUGAAUGUUUCCAGGUGCAUAUUCAGUUGCUGAGCCUUCACUGUAUGCAGUCACUUAAAACUUGCAUUGUCAAGAUUUUCAGAUGGCUGUUUGACUUUGAGCAAUAUUUCCAACUUGUGACAGGGAUGGGGUGGCACAUCAUUCUAGUAGAUUUUAAUCUGAUUUUAAGUAUCAGCUCUUUGAGCUGGGGCUGGACGAUCCAUACCUUUAGUUGUAAUUGUUUAAUACUAGUUCAGUUCCUCUUCUGACUAAACUGUGUUUUUGCAGAACAGUAAAUGUUGUUCUGCUUCGGCAUUUCCAGUUUACGUGCAAAGAGAGGUUUCUGUGAAAAAAGGUGAUAUUGGUGAUAUUGAAAACAGUUUGCGCAAUGCGAAGGGCCCAGUUUGCGCCUGCCCACUCUGGCUCUCUGUGCUAAAACCCACGAAAAACUGUGGAUAUUUUUUUUUUUAUAGGAUAUUUCAUUUAUAAAUACUUCUUUCUCAUUUAUUCUUUCACACUGCUUCCAUUAUACAUCAGUAGUAAACCAAUAGUUAGAUUGUUGAGAGGGACAACAAAAACAUUUCAGAGAAAACAUGACCUACAAUUGUUUAUCUUCAGGCUAGCCCUUCUAUAGCCAUGCUCAGGAUGUAUAUAUUUUGAAUUAUAUUGUAGUCAACCUUGAAUAUAUUGCCUCCGGCUAGCAAUGCAUUGUUACCACAGUGUUUUUGAUUGGAUUCCCAUGGAUGCAUUUUUUUUUCUUUAAACUGAAGAAAAAUAUCUGUUUGUAAGGUAUAUGAAUUAGGAUAGCUAUAGCUGAAAUUCACAGCAUUUGACUUUAGGUGAGAAAUUGAAAUUAUGAUUGCUACAUGUUAGACACAGGGUAGUGAUAUGUAGCAUAGUACAUUUUGUACUGAAAGCCAUCCACAUUUUAGUUGUGCCAACACUAUUUUCAUAACUUAAGCAUAUUUAAUUCAUGUCUCACACUAAGACCAGCCACAGCCCAGCCAUUUGACUAUUUUAGUUGAAUGUAGCGUUGAACCGAUGUAGCAAAAAGAGCACCUACUUACUCUGUAGCUUUUGUUUUUGGAUGCUGUAUAAAGGCUCAAAGGACAGGACAGACGGGGAGGGAAAUGACCUGCCCUGCGAGGGGUUGUGCAUCGUGUUUGUGCAUGUCGUCACAGAUUGGAGGGUUAGUCGACCUUUUCACUUUCCCUUUUUUCCACUCCUUUGCCCUUGUAGAGGCCAGACUAUACCUUUUAUCUGCAGGUGGAUUGAUUUUCUUUUGUACCUCCAUGUGGGUAUGUGUCUUUAGAGAAAUGCUUUUGCUGUUUCACAUAAUUUGGAAAAAGUCUUAGACUCACUGCAUGUUUCCCUGAAUGAAAUUGCCAAGAGUUAUAAUUUUAAUGGUUAGUUUAGGUUUGUUUAUAAGUUUUAUUAGUGAACCAGGACAGACACAUUUUGCUGAGGAAAUAACCUUGCUCUGCUUUGCACCCCAGAAGCAGAAACCACUGCAACAGUCCAACUGUUUCCUGUUUAAUCAAACACAUUUCCAACCAAUUAACAGGGCUUCAACAAGGUCUAUCAUUGAGCAUUAUCUAUUUUUAUUGGGGCACUAAUACUUAAGUCUGUGACUGCAUGAACACAAAUGACUCUUAAAAACCCUCUGGCUUAUUUUUAUUUAUUUAAUUUUAUGCUGAGAAAAAAAAGAAUAUAUUGAAAUAUACUAUGUUUUUGAGAAUGUACCAUGUUAUACUGUGAUUUAACUGAGAUAAUUUAUUGUAUUCAAUCAUCAUUUGAAUUCUAUCAUUUAUCUAUAAAGAAAUAUAUAUGUACAAAUAAAUAUAUACAUAUAUAUACAAACAGGUAUAUAUAUAUAUAUUAGUUAAGUUUGGUAUAUUUGGAGGAAGUGUUAGAUGAAAUAGUUUUAAUGUUUUAGCUUUGUAGCAAUUCUAGACACUAAAAUCAUUUUUUGAAUUUUGAUUCCUCCUAUAUGACUGUGAAGACAUUAGUGCCUGUGACAAAAAAGACAAGUAAAAGUCAAAAACUUUCUAUUCAUCUGUAUCUACUAUGGCUAUCAGUCUGUCACACCUCUAGUACUACCUAACAUUACAUUUUCUUCUUUUUCACAUAUUAAAAUGUCUCUUUUUACUUUCUGCUUUAUUUUUUUCCUCUUCUCUUUGUUUUUUUUUCAUUUACAGCCAAUGGACCAUCUACUCCUUUUUUUGAUUUCGUUCACAUUGUUACAUGUGACUGAAAUUACCUCAUCAACUCAACCUUUACCUUUUUCUUGUUUUUGAUCCUCUCUUUUUAAAACUUGAUCAUCCCUCUGUCUGUCUCACUUAGCAAAAAAAAAAAAUAACAGAGACCAGUAGAUACUGUGUUCUUGCUCCUUUUUGACUGAUUGUUGAUGAUGGUGAUGAUAAUGAUGAUCAGUUUACUGAUUGAUAAAACAAUUCAUGAACAAUGUUACUAGUACUGAUGUGACUGAAGUGUGUAUUUGAUGACCACACCACUGUAGCAAGUCUGGGCUGUACCACACCACCAGCAAGCAAGCAGGGCCUCAGUUCUAGGUCAUGUAUCACAUUAUCCAGCACAUUGUCCAAACAAAAUAUAUUUGAGCAUUUUUGAUAUUAGUAAUUUGGAAAAUAGAAAAAUAAAGAAAAUUAAGGAGUAUUAAGAGGCAGUAUACAAAAGUGAGUUGCAAAAAUAUUCUUACCUAUUGAAUAUCCUCACAUUUUGGCACUUACAACAACAAACAUCUAUAGAUUUUCGUUAAUUUGUAGACAAUGGUCCAACAAAAAGGUGAGUUGAAUGAAAAGUGAUAAAUGGUUUCUAAUGUGAUAUUACAAAUAAGACCUAUGUAAAGUGUCCUAUGCAUUUUCCCUUAGCCCAAGUAAUUGGAUGC